AUGUCAGGUUUAUAUCCAACGGAAGGAAAAUCAAAUGCACCGCCGCCAUCUUAUUCACAAUCAACUUACUCAUCACCAACGGUAUCCAUGCCUCUCGCUGGGUAUCCUCCAACGGCAACAAUCACGUAUGGACAGAUUCCAAUUCAAUGUACCUGUCCUUAUUGUCGACAUGUUAUCGUUACGCGAACCGAAACAAAGACCGGAGUAGUUCCAUGGAUCGCAUGUUUGAUUAUUGGAUGUGCCGGUGCAUUCUGUGGCUGUUGUCUUAUUCCAUUUUGUAUACGAAGUCUUAAAGAUACAGAACAUUACUGUCCGAGUUGUCAACAUUAUCUUGGUGUUGGAUCUGUCAUCAAUCAAAUCAAAAUAUUUCAAUUGCAUCGAUUGUACCAAGGAUACAAUGUUGAUAUGAACUGUUUUAGUCGUCGAUGGAUUUCUUCAAAUCAGAAUCAACCGAUCUCUGCAAAAGUAUCUUCGAUUCGAUCCUAUCUCACCACAUACAUUGAACAACGUCGAAAACAAGUCCAGAAACAUGAUAUUCGACUCGAACCAUAUCUGUCAAAAGGUGUUUACACUGAAUCAGGUGCUAUUCGGCCCAUGCCAAAACGAUAUCCACUUGGAAUUGCGAAAGUCUUUCUCGUUGCAUUUCCGUUUCUUUAUCUCGGCUCUAUUUCCGAGUUCUUUUUCUGA